GUUGUCUGUUGUUGCCCAAAUGAGGAUGGGUUCCCUUUUGAGUCUGGUUCCUCUUGAGGUUUCUUCCUCGUGUCGUCCGAGGGAGUUUUUCCUUGCCACCAUCACCACAGGCUUGCUCAUUGGGGAUCUAUCGCUCCAGUGUUCUAAUGGUACAGUGUGUUUGCUCAUUGCGUCAGAAGGCUAAUGGAUGAUCAGAAAACCCUUGUACAAUCAUGUUAGCACAGCUGAAAACCGUUUAGCUCUUUAGAGAAGCUAUAAAACUGACCUUCCUUUGAGCAGAUUGAGUUUCUGGAGCAUCACGUUUGUGGGGUCUAUUAAAUGCUCAAAAUGGCCAGAAAAAUGUCUUGACUAUAUUUUCUAUUCAUUUUACAACUUAUGGUGGUAAAUAAAAGUGUGACCUUUCAUGGAAAACAAAAAAUUGUCUGGGUGACCCCAAACUUUUGAACGCGUGUGUGGGGGAGAGAUGUAUAAUAUUACACACACACACACACACCAUUUAAUCAACAGCAGGUGCAUUGACUGCCACUCACCUUCCUUGGCCCCGCCCUCCAUUCUCAAACUGCUGCUAGGCCAUGUCCCCAAUGCCACAUACCCCCACUGGUCGACUUGGGCCGGGGAGCCAUCCAUCCUGCAGUGGACUCCCCCUCCAAUGGAACAGGAAGUCUGCCACCAUGGUCUGUGCCCUGGCCUGUGGACCACCUCGAAUGUAAACGGCUGGAGGGUGAGAUACCAACGGGUGAUCCGUGCAUUGGCAUCCGUCAUGCGGUGGAGCCACUUGAGGGGCACGUGGUCUGAACAGAGAGUGAAGGGGCACCCCAGCAGGUAGUAUUGGAAGCUGUGUGAGGACAUGAAAACGGAGACAUCCACGGAUGGAGAGACCUCAGAAGCCUGUGUGAAGAAAGAGGAGACGCUGGAGCUGAAAAUCUACAACUAUGGAGACGAUCUCGACAACCCACCUGAAGGUCUCUCUGUUAAAGUGGAAGAUCCUGACAAUAAAGACCAUCUCUACUGUGAAGUUUGCAAAUCCUUCUUCCUCAACAAAUGUGAGGUUCAUGGACCACCCCUCUUCAUCCCAGAUACUCCUGUUCCCAUGGGAGUCCCUGACCGAGCCAGACAAACUCUUCCUCCUGGGCUAGAAAUCCAGAAGUCCAGUAUUCCUGAUGCAGGCCUGGGAGUGUUUAAUAAGGGGGAGACUGUUCCAGUAGGUGCACACUUCGGACCCUGCCAGGGAGAGCUGGUGAACAGAGAAGAAGCCAGGAACAGUGGAGACUCCUCGGUUGUACGCAAGAGCAUGCAGUGUGAAGAAUACAUCGAUGCCAAGAGAGAGGCGCAUGUGAAUUGGAUGAGGUAUGUGAAUUGUGCCCGUAAUGAAGAAGAACAGAAUCUUGUGGCAUUUGAGUAUCAAGGGGGAAUUCUGUAUCGUUGCUGUCGAUCCAUUAACCCAGGACAGGAGCUCUUGGUGUGGUAUGAAGAGGAGUACACCAAAGAAGUCAGUCCUGCACCAACAGGAACAACCAGACAGCAAGAAGUAAAGAACGCUCUGCUGCAAGUCUUUUCCUGCUCCACAUGCCCUCGUUCUGAUGCAUCUCAAAUUUACCUCGACAAACAGAUCCAGAGAUGCCACUAUGAAGAGUAUGUGAGACUGCGAGAAUCAGGAGAGAUUAAAUAUGAGCUUCAGAUCCCCUCCAAAUGCUCCAGUCGUCAGCCAACAUCAGCUGAUAUGAUCCAUUCUGAUACUUCCCAUAAUGAUAUACAGAAGGAAAUUCACCACUGCUCAGAUUGUGGAAAGAGUUUUAGUCAUCAGAAUGCACUCAAAACACACCAGCGCAUUCACACAGGAGAGAAGCCGUAUCACUGCUCACAGUGUGGGAAGUGUUUUACUCAGCAGAGUAAUCUCCAACAACACCAGCGAAUUCACACAGGAGAGAAGCCGUAUCACUGCUCACAGUGUGGGAAGAGUUUUACUGAACGGAGUGCUCUCCGACGACACCAGCACAGUCACACAGGAGAGAAGCUGCAUCACUGCUCACAGUGUGGGAAGUGUUUUACUCGUCAGAGUGAUCUCCAAAUACACCAGCGCAUUCACACAGGAGAGAAGCCGUAUCACUGCUCACAGUGUGGGAAGAGUUUUACUCAGCAGUCUCAUCUCCAUCAACACCAGCGCAUUCACACAGGAGAGAAGCUGCAUCACUGCUCACAGUGUGGGAAGAGUUUUACUCGUCAGAGUGCUCUCCAAAUACAUCAGCGCAUUCACACAGGAGAGAAGCCGUAUCACUGCUCACAGUGUGGGAAGAGUUUUACUGAACGGAGUGCUCUCCAAACACACCAGCACAUUCACACAGGAGAGAAGCCAUAUCACUGCUCACAGUGUGGGAAGAGUUUUACUCGUCAGAAUAAUCUCCAACGACACCAGCACAGUCACACAGGAGAGAAGCCGUAUCACUGCUCACAGUGUGGGAAGAGUUUUACUGAACGGAGUGCUCUCCGACGACACCAGCGCAUUCACACAGGAGAGAAGCCGUAUGACUGCUCACAGUGUGGAAAGAGUUUUACUCAGCAGAGUAAUCUCCAACAACACCAGCGCAUUCACACAGGAGAGAAGCCGUAUCACUGCUCACAGUGUGGGAAGAGUUUUACUGAACGGAGUGCUCUCCGACGACACCAGUACAGUCACACAGGAGAGAAGCCGUAUCACUGCUCACAGUGUGGAAAGAGUUUUACUCGUCAGGGUACUCUCCAACAACACCAGCGUAUUCACACAGGAGAGAAGCUGCAUCACUGAUCAUAGUGUGGAAAGAUGUUUACUUAGGCUACGUUCACACUGCAGGCUGAAGUGACUCAAAUCCGAUCUUUUCGCCCAUAUGUGACCUGUAUCCGAUCUUUUAUUGACAAUAUGAACGACACAGAUCCGAUUUUUUCAAAUCCGACCCAGGCCGUUUGGAUAUGUGGUCCUAAUUCCGAUUCCUAUCUGCUCUUUUCAUAUGCGACUUCAGUCUGAACCGCCAGGUCGCAUUCAUCCGACUUACACGUCAUCAACAAGCCACAAACAUCACUAUUCUGCGCUGAAGUAGGCGGCGGGUCUCUCAAAAAAAGUUACAACAACAUGGCGCAUAAUCAUGAGCGCAGAUAGAGGGGGGGACUCGUCCCACCCAGAUUUAAAUUCACCUCGUUCGGUCCCCCCCACUUAUAGGGAGGAAAAAACGUCUGUGCUGUCUUUCUUUGCAUAAGGCAAACCUCACGGAAAAAUCAAAAGACUACCAUUCGGUUUAUUGAGGUGCACGGCAGUGUAUACAUAGUUGCAACAACUCACAUAAAACAAAAGAAAGACUGAUAUUCGGUUGGUUGAGCUGCGCAGACUGCACAGGUUGCGAGCUCGAGCUUGGUUGCUAUGGUAACCCACAAGAAGUUUGACAGGCAUAUCGGGUUUGGGGUUGGUUUGCUGGCAGCUUUGUCCCCCCCAGUUUUUUGUCCCCCCCAGUUCAAAAAACGUAUCUGCGCCCCUGCGCAUGACAUCAAUGCGGGGGACGCUUCGGGCUGUGAAGGUUCUGAAUCUUCUCAAUGGAAGGACGCAGAGGUUAGGGAGCUGAUUUCCAUUUGGGGGGAUACAGCUAUUCAAGCUAGAUUGGAUGGGUCAUACCGCAACCGGGCAGUUUUACUUCCGUAAACACUGGCCAUGCUCACUGCGUGUGACGUCGUCGUAUCCUGCAAUGCGCAUGCGGAACACUUUUAGGUCGCUUUUCGUUCAUACUGAGGAUCACAUACAAGUCGCAUAUAUUUGUUAAUGUGAAUGACCUCACAAAAAAAUCGGAAUUGAGCAUUAAGCCUUGCAGUGUGAACGUAGCGUUAGUCACUUACAUUUAAAACCUACAAGUGCACUAACUCAGACAUUGCAUGAUUUAAAGUUGUCAAAUUAAAUAUGGUUAUUACAGUUUUGGCUGAAAAUGACCUGUACUUUGAACUUUAUUGUUCAUGUUACACUGGUCAACAAUUUUUCAGAAGUUGUCUGCUUCAGAAAUGAAAUUGGCUAUUAUGAAAUUUGUUGUGUUGAAUUAAAAGUGACAAUCAGCUGAUUGGCUAUGGCUUCCAAGAUAUUUAAGAUUUUAUACUUAUGUACAUUGUGUAGAUCGUAAUGUUUUAAGUAUAAAUUGUAAAACUAGGUCUCUUCAUGUGUUUAUGGUUAGUUUACAUGAUGUUUCACCUGUUCUCUUUAUGUAACACUAGAAAAUCAGCAAAAAGUUUAUAUAAAUAAAAUGUAUUAUGAACCAAAUGGCAAAAAACAAUUAUGUGUAAGUACUGAAUAGGUUUAGUCCUUAUUCUGUGUGUAUGCAGUGGGUUUUUAUUUAUUUAUUUGGCAACUUGUCUCUUGUAUUCAUGAAACGGAGCAUCUCUUGUCAAGCAAAGACUUGAUCUCGAGUGCAUAGCACUAUGUUGUUGUUUUUUUUUGAGAGCUGAUAUAAGACAGUUUGUUCAGCAGAGUGAUGUCAGUUGACUUAUGAAUGCAUCAUCAGUGACUUCUAGGAAUAAUGAUGCAAUACCGGCUUCAGAUUGCAUCAUUCAUUGUUUUGCCAAAAAAGUAAGUACUAUCCAAACCCACUCAGAUUUAUUCAUAGAGCCAAGCUUGAAAACGAGCCAAUGAACAAUUUUGAGUUUCAUUUUCGUUCUCAGUGAUCCAGAAUUAGUAAAGUUUGACUAUAUUUAUUUCAGAAGCUGUAGACCAGUGUUCUAUGACUGUUUUAAAAUAUGUAACCUUAUAGUGAUGCUUAAAAUGAGACUGUUAAUGUUUUCUUUUGCUCUUCAGUAGUCAUUAAUUCCCACCAUACAAGUAAUGAUGUAACUGUAACACUAUUAUCAGUGUAGUACUGCAGCAUAAGACUAAUUGUUCAUGGAAUUAUUCCUGAUCAGGAGUUUAAUGUACUAUGUUUACUGGAAAUGUCGAUCAAACCAAAUGAGUACGGAGCACUUAAAUAAAGCUCGUCCAACUAUAUGCAUCUACCUUGUCUCACUGGUUGAGGAGAGGGUAUCAAAGAUGUUUAUUAUAAUAAUCUAGGAAUUGUACAAAAACCUGAACAAAAAUUCAGUAUGUUUGAAGUUCUUUAUCCUAACAUUCUUCUUCUUUAGGUGUCAGGUCUGGUCUUGCAGACAUCGACGAUCAUGGCUCUCCAUUCCUCUCUGCAUUCAGUCCGUCUGAUGAGAUCAAUGGUAGAGAACUGGUGGUUCGUUGCGAUCUUGUUCAGGCUGUCUGUGAACUUUGUCCGCUGUCUUCCUCUGCUUUUUUUGCCAAUGAUCUUUCCUAACAGCAAGCACUUUUCCAAUCCGUUUGCUCUCAUUAUGUGCCCAAAGAAUUUCAUUUGUCUUUCAAGGAUGGUGUUGAGGAGUGAUCUCUUGUACCCCGCCAUUUGCAUUACUACCUCGUUUGUUUUUCUUUCUGUCCACGAGACCCUCAGGAUUCUCCUUGUAAACCAUGUCUCAACUGCUUCCAGGCGGCGUUCAGUAUCCUUUGUCAAAGUCCAGCAUUCGCACCCAUAGAGAAGGAUUGACCAUAUAUAGGUCUUCAAGGUCCUGAUUUUUGUGUUGAGGCUUAUGUUUCUGUUUG